AGUGAAAGGACAUGAUUUUCUGUUGAUUCUAAUAUUCCCCAGCAGGUGGGGGUAUUAAUCAUUAUUUUUAUUAUUAUUAUUUACUAUUCAAUAAGCCAUUUAAUUACAGCAGAAUUACGUGUACAUUUAAUACAUAACACAUGAGUGCAUUUCAUGACGUACAAUAAAAGUGCUAUUCUGCAGUUCUCCUAAUUGUCCAGUAGAUGGGAGUGUCACACACGUGGUUUCCUCUCGCCAUAACACCCAGGUGAAGAAGCAGUCUGUGACGUCAUACGAGUGUGGGGGCGGGGACUUCCGGGUUGUGUGAACUUUUUCUGUAAACAAAACAGUAGUUAGACUUAACGCGACGUGUCUGUGUCGGUGCCGCGGCCUCCGACCUCCUCUCAGCCGUUCGACAUGAUUCUCUGCUGCCUCUCAGCGCUUCUCCUCCCGCUUGGCUUCAUCUCCGUCUCUGCUGCGGUGGAUGAGAUCAAACCCGCCGUCACCACCGCCGCGGCUUUGACCAACUCCAGCGGCGUCAACACGACCCAGAGCGGCGGGACGAGUCCCGGAGGACUGUUCACCGGCCUCGGCGUGGACAGCUCCAUGAUCCAGCGGGCGCUCUAUGUCCUGAUCGGCUUCACCAUGAUCGGUCUGCUCUACUUCCUCAUCCGAGCCGUCAGGUUGAAGAAGCCCAUGCAGAGAAAGAAGUACGGUCUGCUGCUCAGUGACUCAGUGGAGAUGGAGGCGGUGGACAGUGACGAGGACGACACGCUGUUUGAAGCCCGGAGCCUCAACAGAUGAGUCCAGCGGAGGUUGGAGACGAUCUCAGAUGUCCAUUAUUGAUCGGCUUAGAACUUUGGACUGAGUGGGAGACGGAGGACGGACCAAAUACUGACUGAUGCUAACGCUCCGUCCCACGGUGGUUGUUGUCAAUAAUUGCCAAAGACUGUUGCCAAAGCUGCUGCUCCAGGAAACGAGCGGGAUAAUCCAUACUUUAUACCUGGGACGAUCGAUGAUUGAUCAGUGAUGAGUGAUAAUUGGUGAUUGAUCAGUGAAGUGGCGUCCAUCUCUUUUAUUAUCCUUUUUCUUGUCAUUUCCUUUCCUUUGAAUGAACUUCCUGUUCUGCUGAUCCUCCUCCGAGAUCCGACUGUGCUCAACUACUGACUCGAGUGAUCGGCAGCGAUAGACAGCCAUAUUGAUCUGUCGGAAGUCUUAUUGAUUGGCUGUCUGUGUGGCCAACCCUUCGUUUGUGUUGUAGAGAAAAUAUAUUUAUUUGUUUAUUGUUACCAAAAAUGCCCCUCCCAGUGAUGACAUCACCAUUAUGUGUUCACUGUCUCUUUACAUCUUUUUUUACAAAAAUAAAAACUUUUGUUUUCCUUUAAA